ACACCGAAUACGAGUACUCCCCCGGCUUCAUCUACCCAAGACAUAAAGCCGCCGUAUUCGCCCCCACCAUUAAAUACCGAAGCCUCUUCUGGAACGCGCCAGUCUGUCUGUCUGUUUCUUCGACGGGUCGUUUUUUUCUCCACUCCUUCGACUCGUACCGUACGCCCCGAUAGAAAGCAAGAGAAAAAGAAAGAAAAGACAAAAGUACACACAGUGCCAGCGCAACCCCAAAUGGCCUCCGCUACCGCUGCAUCAUACCCGGCCUUCACCCCCGUAGAUGCCACACAGCACCCGCCCAAGGACGAGGUCGAAAGCCCCAGCAUAUCGUCCGCGAACGCCCUCGCGCGGUUCGAGUUCGAGGCCGGGCAUGGAAGGGAGGGCACCAAGAUACUGAUGGUCGAGUGGGAGGACGACGACACCACAAGGGGCGUUCGCGGCGAAUGGCACAUCAGCUGGGAGGGCAAGGGCAAGACAACCGUCCUAACGGCCGAGGACCAGCCCAGCAACGACGUAAACCGCAUCUACUUCAUGCUGGCGCCCGGCGUGGCCGUCCCCUCCAGCCUCACCCUCACACACCGACCCCAAGACCCCGACCGCAAAACCGUUGUAUGGCAUACCAAUCCGCUGCCUGCCAUUUUCCCACCCGAGCUGGGUGCCUCGGCGCGCGCCGCCGGCAAAAAGGGUAUCCUGCACACCAUCUGGGCCAAGAAACGCCUACAAGUCCUGCAAAAGGAAGUAGACGCCGAGUCCAAGAACAACGUCGAGGGCAUCGGUUUCCUCAUGGCGGUGCAGGAAAAGGAGUGGAUCGAGCAAACCUUCGGCAUCAGCACGAGACCAGCAGGCCUGAGCAUCUCGCUCGCCGAACCCUCCGUCGCUCAGCUCGGAGGCCCCACGAGCCCCCGCUCCCCUGGCGGCGGCCGCCUCAUGGAGAAGCUCCGUGGCCUCAAGCUCGGCACGAGCGAUAAGGACCUCUCCGCCAAACCCUCGGACGCGAACGAAGCUCCCUUCCCGAACCCGCUGUCUCCAGAAUCGUCAGACGUCGCCGUCUCCUCGUUCGCCGCCUUCAAAGGCGCAAGCCCCGCCGUCCUCGCUGCGAAGCCCCCGCAACCCCCCGAACCUCUGCAGACACAGCAGCAACAGCAACCGCCCGCUGCUGCCGCUCCUGCGCCCAGGAAAUUCGCAGCGAUCAGCCCGCCCUCGUUCCCCGCGGCACAGCAGCAGCAGGUACCCGAUGGCACCGGCAUGGCGUCAUUGAACGCGUUCGCGUCGACCACGGAGCCGCUGUUUCAAUCCAGAGGCGCGCCUCUACCCGAAGACGACAAGGACGAUGGCCUCUUUGCGUUGCCGAUAAGUCCGAGGAGUCCGGAAAUGGGCAAGAGUCCCUUUUCGUUUGCGACGAGCGAGACGGCAAAGUAUGCUGCGUAGUAGCAAC